CACAGGUCAUUAAGUAGAGAUACGAAAAGAAAAAAGAGAGUAAUUAAGUAGAGAUUCAGCGAUUAGUGAUAAGUGUACAGAGAGAAUUAUUAAGAUGUCCUCAUCAUCUAUAGUUUCUUUCAUGCUACUUUUUCUCCUCCUUGUGUUUUUGCUUGAUAUGGAUGAAGCUCUUGGUGCUGAUCAGAUUGAAAUCCGCAAACUCAAGGAGACGAUGAUAAUGAGGAGGAACUUGGAAGGCAAUAGCCUCAGAAGCUUCAAAAUAGAUACUUCACCAAGCGCAUCCAAACAUUGCGGGGGAGGUAGAAGUUUUAAGAAAGUGGCGACCACUGAGCGUCAUGAUAAUGAUCAGUUCAGUCCAAUUCCACGAGGUGACUCGUCCUCUCUCUGUAUAAGGUGCGUUACAACCAAACGAUGUGUAGGGGUCGUAGGCGCGCCACCCUCGACGUACACGUGCACUACCAUCUCGACACACUGUGAAAACAUACCUGGACACUGAUCAGAUAUAUGUAUAUGCCAACACACAUUUAUAUAAAACGUAGAAAUAUAUAAAAAGCUCCCUAUAAAAGUAACCCAUGUU